AUGGUUGUUGUACGAAUUGUCAAUUUAAGAAGGUUUAGAUCGUUCAGUGUUCUGUUCUCACAGUGUCUAGUCAUGUAUUUCUGGGGAACUAACAAUCACAAUGUGAAUCCACCAUCACUUGUGGAUCCAGAAUAUAUUGAUGCUCAUCCUGAAACUAUAAUUCUGGAUCCUCUUCCUGCUAUCAGAACAUUACUGGAUCGAUCAAAAUCUUACGAACUUAUUAGAAAGAUAGAACUAUAUAUGAAAGAUGACAGAAUCUGUUCUCCUCCAUUUAUGGAACUAACAAAUGCAUGUGGAGAAGACACCUUGAAGCAAAUAGAAAAAAAUGGAAUUGCAUUCCCAUUCAUUUGUAAGACAAGAGUCGCCCAUGGAACCAACUCUCAUGAGAUGGCUAUCAUAUUCAACCGGGAAGGCCUGAAAGCCAUUCAGCCUCCAUGUGUGAUUCAAAGUUUCAUCAACCACAAUGCUGUCCUGUACAAAGUCUUUGUGGUUGGGGAGUCAUAUACUGUGGUGAAGAGGCCCUCUGUGAAGAACUUCUCAGCAGGCAUUUCUGAUAGAGAAUCAAUAUUUUUCAACAGCCACAAUGUAUCAAAACCAGAAUCCUCUUCCAUCUUAACAGCACUUGAUAAAAUAGAAGGGGUGUUUGAGAGACCAAAUGACGACGUCAUCCAAGCAAUCUCAAAGACACUAAGGCAGACUUUGGGGAUUUCUCUCUUUGGCAUUGACAUUAUCAUUAAUAAUCAGACUGGUCAGCAUGCAGUCAUUGAUAUCAAUGCAUUUCCAGGAUAUGAAGGUGUCUCAGAGUUUUUCACCGACCUCCUGAAUCAUAUAGCUACUGCCCUGCAGGAGCAAACACCAGAGUUGUCCCAGCUGAACCAUAACAAAUUCCUGGCAGAGCAGAGCAGCAGCCUCGUGGGGGAGCGGACGUGCUGUGCUAACACUGGUUGCCGGAGCAGGGCAAGCCAAGACCCCUGGAUUGUAGAGAAUGAGACCAGCAGCUCAGUCAAGUUGCAGCACCAAAGGCUGGGCUGUAACUCAUCCAUGUCACCAAGCUUUCAGCAGCAUUGUGUGGCCACAUUGGCCACGAAAGCUUCCUCUCAGUGAUCC